CAACACUCACACCUUGGCCGAUGGCCAUAUAGGAGUUACUAUCGUUGUAACUCAGUCAGCUCAUCAUUUCACAGCAAACGACGAGGUGUAACUGGAGCGGCUGUUGAGUUGAAUGGAGUUCAACAGGCCCAAAGUUCCAGGGCCUGUAGAUGGAGAUGGAGUGGGGGGAGAGGGAGGACGAGUGGUCCUGAGCCCGCUGGAGGAGAUCCAGCCUGGGAGGAGUGAAUGGGUGCUUGCAGAGCAUGGAGGGUUAGGAGGGCUGUCUGCCGCCGACACCAGUAACGCAGCCAAGACAGAGCCCAAAGCCCCUGCAGGAGGAUCUGGAAAGGUUGACCUGUACUCAUUUAACAGCUCCCAGACUUCAGACAGCGAGGAUGAGGACAAAGGCAAGAAGGAAAAGAUAAAGAAGAAGCUAAAGAAGAGAAAAAAGAAGGAUUCCAGUUCAUCCUCUUCCUCCUCCUCCUCCUCUGACAGCAGCUCUUCAGACAGUGAAGAUGAGAAGAAGAAGAGGAAGAAGGCAAAGAAAGAAGGCGCUGGGGAUAUUAUAGUACACGGUGUAGCCUUCAUAUCUGAGCCUGGGCUUGAAGGCUGCACUGAUCUAAACCACGAGGAAACACAGAAAAAGAAGACAGAGGAUAAUUCAGGCUCAGACAGUGAAGAGGACAAGAAGAUGAAGAAGAAGAUGAAGAAGAAGAUGAAGAAGAAGAUGAAGAAAGAUUCCAGCUCCUCUUCUUCAUCUUCCAGCUCAUCAUCCUCUUCAUCAUCCUCGUCAGACAAUGAGGAGAAGGAGAAAAAGAAGGAGACCAUGAAGAAGAAAAAGGAUUCCAGUUCCUCAUCUUCAUCCUCUGAUAGCUCGUCAUCCUCCUCAUCGGACAGCGACAAGGACAAGAAGAAGAAGAAGAAAAAGAAGAAGAAGAAGCAAAAGAAAAAGGAUUUUUGGCUGUUCCUCCGACAACGAGGCAGACAAAAAUAAGGAACAGGGAGAAGAGGGAGACGGACAGGGCAAGGAUGAGUACAGCUGUUCUGCUGACGUUUCAGCAGCUGGCGAGGAGGGUGCUGGACUGGAGGGCACCCUGGGACAGAAAUCAGGUCAAGGAAAAAAGAAGGAAGAUGAGAAGAAGAAAGACAAGAAUAACAAGAGGGACAAGGUGAGGUCAUCGAGGUGCAUGACAACAUGACCUUUCGCGAGUUUUAACCCUGAAACAUAUCACGUACUGAAGGGGAAGUGGUCAUAACGUGGUCCAUCAAUGGUCAUAAUAAGCAUUAUGCAUCUCUUAACCUAUAUCAACUGUUAAACUCUGAGCGGUUUGGACCCAGUACAGUGUCGGCUCAGCUUAAGUGGUACGCACUCCGUGGAAAGAGCAGGUGUUCCUAAUGUUUUAUACACUCAGUGUGUAUUUCUUUUGCUUUUCCUUGCCUGCUGUUGCUCUGGCUCUGUAAUAGUCAAUUUGUUAAUGUACACCCGUAUCAGAAGCCCACGGUUAUUACCUUUCUAACAGUACUAAGCGUGUGUUUGUAAGACUUAUAGUUUUGAAAUCGAAAUGUAUCUAAUGAAGGUAGUUUACAAUAUAUGUGUCGCUUAGAAAAUGUCAGCAGAGAGCGUCAGAGAUUAACAAGGAAUUCAACCUCUCACUCUUUCUCUGGGCUCUGUGUCAGAGUGAUGGUGAUGACAAGGUAAACACAAACAUAUAUACAGACAGACACUCCUCUCCUCAAUUUGAAUUUAAACUCUCUGUAUCCACUGAACGACUGUGUCUGUUGUAAUACCCACUCCCCUAUCACAGUGCAAGAAAGGCAAAGGAAAGGAGGGUGGUGCAUCAGCUGAAUGGAUUUGUAAGUAAAUCAAAAAAGAAUUGUCUCAGAAGAGAUAU